AUGUCAGAAGCUGGAAUGGCUGUAGUGAAACCUGAGAUGAAGUCUUACAUUUGGCUACAAACUGCUGAUGGUUCAAUCCAACAAGUAGAAGAAGAGGUUGCCAUGUUUUGUCCCAUGAUAUGCCGAGAAAUUAUUCAAACAGGCAUGGGAUCAUCCAAGAAUUAUGCUAUAUCACUUCCUCAACGGGUGAAUCCUGCCAUUUUGGGCUUAAUUCUUGAUUACUGCCGGUUUCAUCAAGUACCAGGUCGCUCUAAUAAGGAGCGAAAAUUUUUUGAUGAAAAGUUCAUUCGGAUGGAUACAAAAAGAUUAUGCGAGUUGACAUCAGCUGCAGACAGCCUCCAAUUAAAACCUUUGGUUGAUCUUACCAGCCGUGCGCUUGCUCGAAUUAUUGAAGGGAAAACUCCUGAGGAGAUACGUGAAACAUUUCAUUUGCCCGAUGAUCUAACAGAGGAGGAAAAAUUGGAGCCUCUUAGAAACAUAACCGAUGAUCCACGAAUCCGGCUUCUAAAUCGAUUAUAUGCAAGAAAGCGGAAAGAAUUAAAAGAGAGAGAAAAAUUGAAGAAUGUUGAGGUUGAGGAGGAGCGUGUGGAUGACCGGUCAGUUGAGGAUCUUCUCUCAUUUAUAAAUGGUCCAGAUGGAGGGGGUAGAACUAGCAAGAAUAAAAAGAAAAAUCGGAGAAGAAAAGAUCAAUCAAAAGACUCCUCUUCAAACAAUUCAAAUGAAAACCAAAAGAAGGAGUCGGACUCUCUCUCUUCUGCUUGCCCUAAUGAUGAGGGUAACGAUAUUUUGGCAGCCUCUCCCAGUAGAACUUCAAAUUGUCAAGAUUUUGAUGAUGCUGAUAUUGAUGAUGAUUUAGAUCCUGCAAAAAUGGAGGAACUUGACAGGGAGGUUGAGGACUUUGCUCGUAGAUUAAAUUCGGGUUGGCCAGAGAGGAUGCAGGAAAUAUUGUCUCUGAGCCCAGAUAGAGGGCUUGUACCAUUAUCUAUGAACGGCAAUGGAUCUUUACGUAGAUAUUCAGUUUGGCAGCCUGGUGGGUGGGGUUCUGUUAAGUUGUCAGAGAUGCUCGAGUUUGUUAAGAAUCAAUGGCUUUGCAAUCCUGAAAUCAUUAGCACACAGCAUGAGUAUUUUGAAGAAGAUACUGCUCGGGGUUUGCUGCUGUCAGAUGCUGGAAGAAUUGAGGCUGUUAUUUGGUGUGUAUCGCUUGUGAGUAUAUUGUUUGUUUGA